CGUGGGCUCAGGAUCCUGCUAGCUGGUGUCCAGCGCAGAGCGCGAGAUCCGGCUCGGGGAGGGAUGGAGGCGGGCGGAUUGGCGGACUCGCUCCUUUCCGGAGCUUGCGUGCUCUUCACCCUCGGCAUGUUCUCCACCGGCCUCUCGGACCUCAAGCACAUGCGGAUGACCCGGAGCGUGGACAGUGUCCAGUUCCUGCCCUUUCUCACCACGGAUGCCAACAAUCUGGGCUGGCUGAGUUAUGGGGCCUUGAAGGGAAACGGGACGCUAAUCGUCGUCAAUGCUGUGGGUGCUGUGCUUCAGACCCUGUAUAUCUUGGUGUAUCUGCACUACUGCCAUCGGAAGGGUGCUGUGCUCCUUCAGACUGCAACCCUGCUGGUGGUCCUUGUCCUGGGUUUUGGCUACUUUUGUCUCCUGGUGCCUGACCUUGAGACCCGGCUGCAGCAGUUGGGCCUCUUCUGCAGUAUCUUCACCAUCAGUAUGUACCUCUCACCACUAGCGGACUUGGCCAAAGUCAUUCAGUCUAAAUCAACCCAGCGCCUCUCCUUUUCACUCACCAUUGCCACCCUCCUCACCUCUGCCUCCUGGACCCUCUACGGGUUUCGAAUAGAAGAUCCCUACAUUGUGGUGCCCAACCUUCCAGGAAUCCUCACCAGCCUCAUUCGCCUCUGGCUUUUCUGGAAGUACCCUCAGGAGCAAGACAGGAACUAUCAGCUUCUGCAAACCUGAGGGAGUUCAUCUGACUGCUGGGCACCUUAAUGCCAACCUGUGGCCAAAGACACCUGCUUGUUUCAGCUGUUCCUGUUGAUCGCUCCACAGAUGCAGUGGGUUUUGGUAAAGGAAAAGGGACAGCUUUGAAAAUUCAGGGACUAAAGAAAGAGCUUUACUUAGAAGACUGGAACUGGGAGAUGAAUCACUUUUUGUUUUGUUUUCCCCCAAGAUUUCAUUUUUUAAUUUUGGAGGUGGGGGUGAAAUCUUUAGAAUGUGCCUUAAAAUAAAUUGUUCCCUACCCCUGCC